AUGGGCGGCGCCCGCGGGCGGGGCAGCUUCCGGGGACGUGGGGGCCCCGGGGGCGGGCGUGGGCGCGGGGGGGUUGGGGGGGGUGUUUGGGGGGGGAGUUGUUUGGGGGGGGGGGGGGGGGUGG